AACCCUCGUUACCCAUACUGUAGAUAGACUCUAUUAUUUGAUUUAUUUAAGAUGAAAUCGUCAACACUGUAAAGCUUACCGAAUGCUUCUAAAACUGCACAUAUAUUACGAAGAAGUUUUAUGAUGUUUUUGUUGGUUUUGGUAUUCGGCACAUUUGUUUUCGGGCUGUUUGAGCACACAUUUUUUUCUUAAAGCAAGUCAAAGUUCGUAGCCGAAGUCUACGCCCCUUUGUCGGACUGGUCAAAAACACUACUAGUAGGAGUGGGAACAUGGAGUGUUUGUUGUCAUUCAAUGGGAGAUUGGCUUUCAUGCAAAUGUUUUCACUUGAGAAAUACUGCACCAAAAAUCAUAGUUAGAUGUAAAAUUGCGUGACUAAGUCUUCCUUGGCAAAAACAUUGAAAUGAAUGACAGAUUUAUUGAUUUAUUUUAGGUUAAUUCUGACUAUUUUGAGGAAGUGUUUCUGACUAUGUUGUUGCUACAGUGGCUCAAGAGGGACAAACAACAGCAAUAUUGAGGGUCUUUAGGGAGUGUGCAAGCACAGAUGUUUGUUUCGCCAAGCGGUGUUCUGCUAGAAGCAAACCAAACCUAUGUAUGUGGGCACCUUCACGUUCAACCCUGUUAUCUGUCGAUGAGCCCUUUAGCAAGGCACUUAACCCUAAUUGCUCCUGUAAGUCGUUCUGGAUAAGAGCAUCUGCCAAAUGACUAAAAUGUAAAUGUAAUAGUCGAUAUUUAAUUUGACCUCUUGAGAUGGGGAAACAUGUUUUUUAUUAAGUUGAACAUUUGCUCUUUAUGCCAGAAUGUUACAAUUAGGAGAAAUAACACGUUUUCUUCUCUCACGAAGUUACACUCCUCAAAAGGCACCUAAUUGGUGGAACGACCCACCCCUCAGAUAGGUUUGUCAUUUUCUCCUAGCAACAGCUUGGGUCGUUCUAUAGGCUACAAACGUGUCAUACAGGCCUAUUGUUUCCAACAACUUUUUGGGGCGAGACGCAUUAAACUUAAUCUAGAUAACAUGAAUGCCCGCUGCAAAACACGGUCAAAGUAAAAUAGCCAUCAGGAUACGCUUCCUUGAAAUAUAAAGUAAUAAACUCGUGCAAAAGGUGGUUCCCAUUCAGCAUGUGUUCUUUUGUUGCGAUGGACAAGCUCGUACCCCAGGACAAGCUCGGACCCCACGGCAGACACUAUUCACAUGGAGGAGAGAUAAAUUACAGACCGCACAUUCGGCACAUAGAGCCCAACCUAACAGAGUGUGACCUUGACUGGAGCUCUGGUCUGCGGUGGCUGCCUGCGCCUCGCUACAGUGAUGCUCCACUCCCUCACAUCAAACUGAUCAAGUUCCCUGAAGAGACCAGACUGCUCAGGUCCUUCCCACAGGCCAACAUGGUGUCCCAGACUGAGUGGACGUGUUAUCCCAACUUCGGUCAGCCCAGAACCUUCCAUGUUGGCAAACGCUGUUUGCUGGAGGGAGGUCACCAUUGUAGGACCAUACGGUGUUCUUCAGAGAGAACUCUGGAGGCCACCAUCGGGAGGAAAAAACAAGCCAGGUUUACCUGCCAUUCUGCACCUGGUUCUAGACCCUAUCUAACACCUGAGUACAGUUCUGACUUUCACAAGUUUGGAUCAACAUUACCAACAACACAUUUUGGGUCACUGACCUUCAGUGCAGAUACAUUCGUUCCUCUUCAGCCACCUCCAAAAAAGACAUGUAUUCCAUAUGUAGUGAGGAAGAGGAUGGAGGACAGGGAGGCAGACAUACUGGAAGUGAAGAAGCUGAGUAAAUGGAGGCCUGCACCAGUCAUAUUCAAAACUGUGCUGGACAACUGACAUGUCAAAAUGUUUUUGGGAUGAAUGAGGAGAAAUGGAUUACAAUUCCAAACUGUAUAUUAUGAUCAUUCGGCAUGAUUACAGUCACGUGGUUUUGAUUCUACUGUAGUUUGAUAAGGAAGUUUGGUGGGAGGGGGCGAUCAAAGAUGUAAUAAAGUGUGACUAAUUGUCAUGACAUCAUUUUGAGCUUUUGCCAUCACUAUUCACUUUUGAACAAUUGGGUUAUGCAAUUUGCUGAGGGGAGAUAAACAACAAUAAGCCAAGCAGGGAAAAAAGUUCCCAGGUGGCCUGACUUUGCUGAGUUCCAAAAGCAGUUAGGUCAGCAACAGUUAAUAACCUGACCUCUGUUUUGCCUUAUAGUCUGGCAGAGGUGCAACGCAUUGAUUUCCUUAAUUCCCAGGGGAAGAUAAGUGGUGGGCUCAAUCCCUCAUUCAGCAAAACAACACUGCUGAUCCCGUUCACGAUAGACAGGGACAACUAGGGCUGCCACUUUUAGCUGCUUAGUCACUUCAGCAUGCCUCAAGGUUAGGGGGGGGUGUGUACAGGUUUUUAUUAUGGUCCCAUGUGUCUCUGCAUUCAUGACAUAUCGGAUCAAGGAAACUCUGAAUUUUUACGACUUGGAAAAUCAUUGUAGAAAGAUGAUAGGCGGUAGGCCGUUCAGAGUUUUCCAAUUGGAAAGUAUCAGAAUCAACCAAUAGAAAGCUACAUGCAAAUAACUUAACUUUAAUUCGGAGGUUUGGAGGUUCCGACGUGAUGAAUGCAGCAUCUCGGCCCCAGCUUUGAUGUACCUGUACUGACUUUGCGGGGUGAACAGGCCAUGGCUCGGUUGGUUGAUGUCCUUGAUGAUCUUUUUGUCCUUCUUGUGACAUCGGGUGCUGCAGGUCUCCUGAAGGGCAGGCAGUGUGCCCCCAGUGAUGCGUUGGGAAUAACGUAUCACCCUCUGGAGUGCCCUGGGUUGCGGGGAGUGCAGUUGCCGUAUCAGGCGGUGAUACAGCCCGACACGAUGCUCUCAAUUGUGCAUCUGUAAAUGUUUCUGAGGGUCUUAGGGGCCAAGACAAAUUUCUUCAGCCUCCUGUGGUUGAAGAGGCGCUAUUGCGCCGCCUUCACCACACUGUAUGUGUGGGUGGACCAAUUCAGAUUGUCAGUAAUGUGUACGCCGAGGAAGUUAAAGCUUUCCACCUUCUCCACUGUAGUCCGUCGAUGUGGAUAGGGGUGUGCUUCCUCUGCUGUUUCCUGAAGUCCACGAUCAGCUCCUUCAUUUUGUUGACGUUGAGUGAGAGGUUAUUUUCCUGGCACCACUCCACCAGGGCCAUUACCUUCUCCCUGUAGGCUGUCUUGUCAUUGUUGGUAAUCAGGCCCACUACUGUUGUGUUGUCUGCAAACUUGAUGAUUGAGUUGGAGGCGUGCGUGGCCACACAGUCAUGGGUGAACAGGGAGUACAGGAGAGGGCUGAGCACGCACCCUUGUGGGGCCCCAGGGUUGAGGAUCAGUGAAGUGGAGGUGUUGUUUCCUACCUUCACCACCUGGUGGGCGGCCCGUCAGGAAGUCCAGGAUCCAGUUCCACAGGGCGGGGUUCAGACCCAGGGCCCCAAGCUUAAUGAUGAGCUUGGAGGGUACUAUGGUGUUGAAAGCUGAGCUAUAGGCAAUGAACAGCAUUCUGCCGUACUGUAGGUAUUCCACUUGUCCAGAUGGGAUAGGGCAGUGUGCCGUGUGAAGGCGAAUUCAUCGUCUGUGGAUCUAUUGGGGCAGUAGGCAAAUUGAAGUGGGUCUAGGAUGUCAGGUAAGGUAGAGGUGAUAUGGUCCUUAACUAGCCUCUCAAAGCACUUCAUGAUGACAGAAGUGAGUGCCAUGGGGCGAUAGUUAUUUAGUUCAGUUAUCUUUGCUUUCUUGGGUACAGGAACAAUGGUGGACAUCUUGAAGCAAGUGGGGACAGCAGACUGGGAUAGGGAGAUACUGAAUAUGUCCGUAAACACUCCAGCCAGUUGGUCUGCGCAUGCUCUGAGGACGCGGCUGGGGAUGACGCCUGGGCCGGCAGCCUUGCGAGGGUUAACACACUUAAAUGUCUAAUUCACGUCAGCCACAGAGAACGAGAGCCCACAGUGCUUGGGAGCGGGCUGCGUCGGUGGCACUGUGUUAUCCUCAAAGUGGGCGAGGAAAGUGUUUAGCUUGUCUGGGAGCAAGACCUCGGUGUCCUGGCUUUCCCUUUGUAAUCCGUGAUUGUCUGUAGACCCUGCCAGAUACGUCUUGUGUCUGAGCCGUUGAAUUGCGACUCCAUUUUGUCUCUGUACUGACGUUUUGCCUGUUUGAUUGCCUUAGAGGGAUUAACUACACUGUUUGUAUUCCACCAUAUUCCCAGUCACCUUGUCAUGGUUAAAUGUGGUGGUUUUGCACAAAUGCUGCCAUCUGUCCAUGGUUUCUGGGUUGGGUAAUUUUAAAUAGUCACCUUGGCAACAACAUCCCCUAUUCACUUCCUGAUGAACUCAGUCACUGUGUCCGUGUAAGCGUCAAUUUUAUUCUAAGAGGCUACCAGGAGCACAUCCCAGCCCACGUGAUCAAAACAAUGUUGAAGCAUGGAUUCCGAUUGGUCAGACCAGCGUUGAAUAGACCUUAUUACGGGUACGUCCUGUUUGAGUUUCUGCCUAUAGGAAGGGAGGAGCAGAAUGGAGUCGUAAUCUGAUUUGCCGAAGGGAUUGCGGGGUAUUGUAGGCAUUUCGAAAAGGUGAGUAGCAGUGAUCUAGUGUUUUUCUAAGCGAGUACUACAGUCAAUGUGUUGACAGAACUUCGGUAGAGUUUUCCUCAAAUUUGCUACAAUAAAUGCGGCCCCAGGAUAUGUGGUUUCCAGUUUGCAUAAAGUCUGGUGUAGUUCCUUGAGGGCCGUCGUGGUAUCGGCUUGAGGGGAAUCUACACGGCUGUGACUAUAAUCGAAGAUAAUUUACUUGGGAGGUAAUACGGUUGGCAUUUGAGGUAUUCUAGGUCGGGUGAACAAAACAACAUUUAAAUGUUUCUAAAUGUUAGCACAAUCACCAUGAGUAGUUAAUCAUGAAGUAUACACCCCUGCUUCUCUUCUUCCCGGAGAGUUCUUUAUUCCUUGUCUGCGCAAUGAACUGAGAAACAAGCUGGCUGUAUGGACGGGGACAGUAUAUCCCGAGAGAGCCUUGAUUCUGUGAAACAGAGUAUGUUACAGUCCCUGAUGUCUCUCUGGACGGGGAUCCUCGCCCUGAGCUCGUCUACUUUAUUGUCCAGAGACUGAACAUUAGCAAGUCAUAUACUCUGAAGUGGUGGAUGGUGUGCCAGCCUUCUGAGUUGGACUAGAAGUUCCCUCUGAAUACCUUUUCUCCACCGGCGGCGACUUGGAGCAGCCUCUGGGAUAAGUUAAAUUGCCCUGGGGGGUACGAACAAAGGAUUCAAUUCGGGAAAAUCGUAUUCUCUGUUGUGGUGCUGGUGAGUUACCGCUGCUCUGAUAUCCAAAGUUAUUUCCGGCUGUAUGUAAUAUCACCCCAAAAAAAUUCUGGGUUAAUAAUGUAAGAAAUAACACGCAAAAAAAUGAAAUACUGCAAAGUUGCUUAGGAGCUAGAAGCAGAGCUGCCAUGUCUGUCAGCUCCAUCUUGUGCAUCAUCACACAUGGAAGAUGACAGCUGCCAGUGACCAUAGCAAAGGUGUAAACAAAUAUUUUCAAGGUGUGAAAAAAGUUAAUCACAUUUUUUUUUAUACAGGAAACAUAAAAUGAACCCAAAAAUCGAUUUAGAAAACAAAUAUUUGUUUUGUUAGAUGUGACUCUGUAAACUUAUGUUAGCCCGCUAACUAGCCACACUAGUUAUCCGAUCUAUUACAUGUAAUUGCUGACAUAUCACCACGCAGGCUACGUUGUGUUGAGCGUGGUAGAAUUAACCAAUGAAAACGUCACUGAGGCCCUCUUCUCAGUGAGGAGUACUUGGCUUCUCGAGGCUCUGCUUAUGCAGUUCUGCACGCUACACACGGUACCUAGCGCGCCCAGGGAAGUGUGCCUUUACACCAUUGCAUGUUCGAGAGGUACAGACUCCUGUUUUCCCGUGGGAUUCUGUCAUUUUGUCAACUUAUUAUUUUGUUUACUAAGAUCUCUCGUAUUAACCACAUAAGGAUAAUGUCCUGUUAAGAGCUUACAGAACACUGGCAAAGCUAGGUACCAAUACCUUGAGCCAUUAACUGGGCAAAACCAUUGCCUCAACAAGCAGGGGUGCAUACACCUCCUUUAGGCCUUGGGAACCUCCUUUAGGCCUUGGGAACCUCCAGCCAUUCCAUGUAUUUUAACUAUUCCAGAGCUAGCCUACCUGAUUGACAAGUUCAAUCUAUCAUCAAGCCCUUGAUUAGAUGAAUCAGGUGAACUAGUUCAAGGCUACAAUCAAAUUUAAACAUUUGCGGUUCCACGAGGAGAGAUUUGACAACUGCUUUAAGCUCCAAACUGAAGGCUAGGCCUAUACGACAACCGUCUAGACGUAGACCACCAAAACAGUACAAAAUGAUAAAAAUGUAAAAGUUAAAUGCAAGAACACCCACCAUUUCCAUUUGAACACAUUGAUACACCGUGAUCCAUUGGUGGCUAAAGAAAUUAGCAAAUGGAACCAUAGCCCCGGGAAGUAGGGGUCCUGAGGGUGCUGCAGCACCCCCUGGAAAAUCGUAGAGAAAAAAAUCUUAAUACAAAUUUUCAUUUUUUGAAACAUAUUUUUUUUCUCACAUGUAGCGCAUGCACACAAAACAAUAGUUGAAAUUGUAAGAGCUGUUGCCCUGUCCCGUUCUCUGCGAUUGUCAUUCUAAUAGAAUCCAGAAAGAACAAAAUCUUGUCCUCAAACAUUUAUAUCAAAAGGUGCAUAGCUAUGGGCAAAGACAAAAUAUCUACACCAAAUAAAAUAUUUUUCUUGAUCAAAUAACAUGGAAAACAACCACUUUUUAUGCGGUAUUAAUUUACCAUCCUUACAAACCACUUAAGGUACAUUACUGUAUUGUACAUAGGCUGGUCAUGUAGGUUUGUACCUGUAGACUUUCCAUCACCACGAAGAGGAACAAUGCAGUAAUUGAGUACAUUGAGAUGUCACAAGGUUUGUGAUGAUGUGGCUCAGUUUUUGAGCAUGGCACUUGUAAGUCUAUGGUUGAGGGAUUGAUUCCCACGGGGGACCAGUACAAAAAAACUGUAGGUUUCUCUGGAUAAGAGCAUCGACUAAAAUAGCAACGGAAUAAACAGGCAAUUUAAGUUUCACAUAGAAAUAAGUUUCAUUUGCAAAGUAUUAAAAAAACUGGAAAAUGUACAGUACUGUACAUUUACUGUACAGUAAAAUGCUGGUAAACACUCAAAUACAGCACAUUUAGUUGAAAUGUUUUCACAAAUGUAGUGCACUGGGCCUAAUAUACAACCCAUAUUUAUGUUUAGUUAUUUUCCCUUUUGUACCUGAACUAUUUGCACAUGCUUACAACACUGUAUACAGACAUAAUAUGACAUUUGAAAUGUCUUUAUUCUUUUGGAGCUUUUGUUAUCGUUUACUGUUAAUUUUUGUUCAUUAAACUUUUUUUUAUCUAUUUCACUUGCUUUUGCAAUGUAAACAUAUGUUUCCUAUGCCAAUAAAGCCCCUUGAAUUGAAA